ACUGUUGGUAUUCGGCAUUUAGAGACUUGUUCACCUAUUGAUUGUUCGGGAUAUGGUUACCUCCUCCACCGCUACGGAUACUACCGCUAUGCCAGUGUCUCAAUAUCAAAGCUUUUCAGGCCAAGCAAACAUGCCUUCCACCUCGCCGCUCCCUUCUGUGGCAUACCUUGGGCCUAGGAGUUCGUAUUCUCAUCAGGUGGGUUCAUGCCCGCUUCGCAUAUUUGCCCUUUUAAAAAGCAAAUGAAACCCGAAUUAACAGAUGGCCCAGGCAGCGUUGGAACGCUUCGAUCCAGCAAACCACACCUUUGAGCCUCGAUCCGGAAUCGCCGGUAACCCUCUCUUCCAUGCAUCCAUUCACCCAUCCCACUUCCCACUCCAGGCUUCACAUAAAAGCUAACAAUCAACCAACCGACCAACCACACAGACGUCUUCACAGCCGUCCAGACCGGUGCAGUAGCCUACGGCGUGGUCCCUUUCGAAAACUCCACGAACGGGAACGUGGUCUUCACCCUGGACCUCUUCUGCGACCGCACUCGCUCCUUCCGCGACACCUUCGUCCGCGGCGAGACAUACCUCGACGUGCACCACUGUCUCCUCUCGAGCGCCCCGUCGCUCUCCAGCAUCGCCAGGAUCUACUCGCACCCGCAGGCCUUCGGCCAGUGCGAGAACUGGCUCAGCGCGAACGUGCGCGGAGUCGAGCGCAUCGACGUCUCGUCCACCUCGAAGGCCGCGCAGAUCGUUGCCGGGGAUGCGGGCGCCGCCGCUAUCGCGAGUAGGGUCGCCGCCGACGUGCACGGCCUCAAGAUACUUGCGGAGAAUAUCGAGGACUCAGCGGACAAUACUACUAGGUUUUUCGUGCUGGCUGCCCAGCCAGGGUUGAAGGCUCCCGUGUCCAAGGGGUACGGAGAGUCGGAUAAGACGCUUUUGUCUUUCACUGUUGAUCAUGAGAUUCCCGGGGCACUUUGCGAUAGUCUGAAGGUCUUCAAGGAUUUUGGCCUUAAUCUUACGAGCAUUGCGAGUAGACCGAGCAGGCUCCUACCCUGGAAUUAUAUCUUUUUCGUCGAGUUCCAAGGGCACAGCGAUACUCAGUAUGUCCAGACCGCGCUGGACGAACUUAGGAAGUACUGCUUGAACUUGAGGGUCCUGGGGAGCUAUAAGGACGAGCAGCGCAGGAAGGGAAAGAUUCAUCGGGAGAGCGAGAGAAAGAUGGCGGGGAACGGAAAGACCCCCUGGUAG